UGUCAGUCGGCGCGGGUCGUGCGGCGGCCGUGAGGCGAUGUGGGCGCGGGAGCUGGCGGUGUCGGCGCCGGGGAAGGUGAUCCUGCACGGGGAGCAUGCCGUGGUGCUGGGCAAGGUGGCCCUGGCCGUGGCGCUGGACCUGCGGACGUUUCUCCGCCUGCGGCCCGGCGCUGAGGGCCGGCUGAGCGUCUCCCUGCCCGGCGUCGGCGUCCGGAGGAGCUGGGACACCCCCAGCCUCCGGGCUCUGCGGGGGCGGAUCGCAGCUGAUGGUGAUGAGUCCAAGUCCCCCAGCAUAGAACAGCUGGAUGCACUGAGGGAGUUUGCUGGAAUUGCUGCUGGGGCCUCAGCUCCAGACAGUCUUGCUACUCUUGCCUUCCUGUAUAUGUGCCUGGCUGUUUCUGCUAAGUAUGGGGAUGUUCCCAGCGUGGAUAUCGUGGUGUGGUCGGAGCUGCCCACAGGAGCAGGGCUGGGGUCCAGUGCUGCCUAUGCUGUGUGCCUGGCUGCAGCCCUGCUCAUGCUGUGUGGAGCCAUCUCCUGCCCACUGCAGGAGGGACAAUCCACAGCCAGGUGGACAGAAGAAGAGCUGACACUGAUUAACAGCUGGGCCUUCCGAGGGGAGCAGGUGAUCCAUGGCAAUCCAUCGGGUGUGGACAAUGCUGUUGGCACCUGGGGUGGAGCCCUGAGAUACCAAGCAGGAAAAAUCACACCGUUAAAGAGGGUGCCCACACUGAGGAUCUUGCUGACCAACACCAAAGUCCCUCGGAGCACCAAGGUCCUGGUGGCUGGUGUAAAGGAGAAGAUCCUGAAGGUGCAGUUCCCUGCCAUAAUGAACCCAGUGCUGGACUCCAUCGAUGCCAUUUCUCAGGAGUGCCAAAGUGUUCUGGAAGCAAUGCCUGCAAAUCCAUCACCAGAGCAUUACCCUGUGCUGGAGGAAUUCUUUGACAUAAACCAACACCACUUAAAUGUGCUCGGAGUGGGCCACCCCUCCCUGGACAGGCUGUGCCAGGUGACAGCAUCCCACAGCCUGCACAGCAAGCUGACAGGGGCUGGUGGGGGUGGCUGUGGCAUCACCCUGCUGCCACCAGUGCCCGAGCUGACUCGCUGGCUGCUCUUGCCUUGCUCUUGGCAGACACCUCCCCUCUGGCCGUGGAAGCAGCCAAGCAAGACUUGUGUGCCUGUGGAUUUGAAUGCUGGGAGACCAAGAUUGGGGCCCCCGGGGUGACCCUGCACUCCUGCUCCUCCCUGAGUGCCCAAGUGCUGCACGCGCUCGCCCAGAGCUGAGCUGCUGCCUCUGGCAGCCCUGAGCUCUUGGCACCACCUCCUCGGAGCUCUGUGUGCCCAGAUGCCUGGAAACUUCUUUCCCCUCUGCUGUGUGCCUGAGGGCCUCCAGAUAUGGGUAUGGAGCCAGUUUGGGGCCUGGUGUCACUGGGAUUUGGGGCUGCAAUGGGGACCUGGGAGCACCCACCCAGUGGUGUUUGACCAAAGCUCUCAAAAAUCCUGGUUUGAAUUUCCUUCCUCAACUGCUGUGCUGAUCCCAAGGGGCAGGAGAAGAGGGACUUGGCUGGAUUCCAGGGUGGGUAAUGACACUUCACUGCUUCAGAUGCAUGUGGUGUCUCUUCCUUCAUCCCUGCUGUCCUGUGGGAGCUGGCAGGGUGGAUGUGCAUGGUGCUUUGACGUUUUUGGGUGAAGAACAUCUUUGGCAGCUCAGGGCUUGAUGCUCAGGUCUCUGUUUCUUCUGGACUACAUUCCCAGUGAAGAGGAAACCUUUAAUACAGCUCUUCCCUGCUAUUAAUUAAGUGUUGGGUAAUUAAAAUGCAAGAUAAAGCACAAUUCUAGUGAAAUUACUGAUUUCCACUCUUUUCCAUAAUCUCCGCCUGGGCUGAUAAGCAGAGUCCUGUAGACAGGCUCUGGUUUUUAUUCACAUGUACAAGGUCUGGCUCAAACAGCACCUGCAAGGAGGGCAACUCCAGGCCAAGGGCAGGCUUAAAAUUCCUCCUUGUAAAAGCUGUUCUCUCACACUUCUCUCUUGAACCAGCCUGUCCCUGACCCUGCCUGGUGUUGGGUUUACUUUGGUGUAAUUAAGUAGGGGAAAGAAACCCAAACCACGUCCUCAAAAGCUCACCAUAAGUUGCAGUUGACAAACUCUAAAACCUAAAUGCAUUUACACUUAUUACACAAAUGUAAAUGCAUUUUUUACUCCUGAAAUUUUAAUGAGCUGUGCCACAGGAUGAAAGGGAAGUGGCUGAGGCCAUAAUCUCUGGGAGUCAUGAGCUGACUCUGAGGGACUGUGGUCUCUGCUGUACCUGCCAAGGGGGUUUUAUCAUCACUCUGUUUGUCUGGGGUGGGUUUUUUAAGUGGGUUUUUAAGUGUAGCUGUGUUCAAGAAUCACUUCACUCAAAGCUGAGUAAUGAAUUGGCAGAGGUGGGGAAUUUGCCUUCCCCUUCUAGCCCAGGGAUAAAAAAAAUCAAGUAUGAGAAGCUGAGAUGUUCUAGCUCUAAACUCCCAGCAUCAUGGUGACCAGCUUUAGUUCCCUGAUCCCAUGUAAAACUGUCUCUGGUUUUAAUAAAUCCAUGGGUUUUUUUAUGUGCAAA